CUGAGAUUCACACACACAAACAAACAAGAGAGAGAAGAGACAUCAGCGGAGGAAUCACACCGAAGCGUGAAAUCUAGAAGAUCAAGAGCACUUCAAGACUUGUAAUCUUCAGUGGACUUGGAGGUUCAAGGAGUUCUGUUUGAAUUGAUUUUUGCACAAACUCUUGCUUUGUGAUUGCUCCUGAGCAACACUUGAAAUAGGAAAUAGCAAGGAAGGACAAUUUUGAGACCUGCACACUUUUUUGCAACUAAUUGCACAUCAAUUUUGGGCUUCUUCUCCACCAAUGGCUGCAGUGCGUCAGAUGGUCAUGGAGGCCUCAGGCUUCCACGUCCUGCCGGCCCACCUUAUGGCCUCGGCCAUGGCGGAAUUCCCCCAGCAGCUGCCGGUCCCCAAGGGCCCGGCGAGGGGCAAGAGCCGCUCCCGGAGGCCCCGUGAGGCGCGCUUCAAAACACAACCUGUCACCUUUGCUGAGAUCGCAGAGGUGGAGGAGGAGGGGUCCUCCCCCCUGGAGGAGGAGAGGGCGCGCCGCUCCUUCCUGCAGUCGCUAGAGAACCUGAGGCGGAGCACCCAGACCCUCCACUGCCCCCCGUCCGCCCCUCACAGCUACACCCCCACUCCCACACAUGCCAGCCUGGACUCCAGUGACUCCGACUCCCCCCACUGAGAUGUGGUGGUCCCUGUUCCUCCCUUUCACCUUGACGCCGCUUCAAAGGAGGCCAACUGAACUGAACCAACCUGGCCUGCUACUGCUGCCUGCAUUUAUUAUAUACUAACAUAUCAACAUACAGUAUGCACAUCUGUAAAGCCUGUGCCACAGACUGGUUAAACUGCUGUAUAGAUAUGAUGAGUGAGAAAGUAGCAGGUGACGCUGUGUCCAACACACUCUUCAAAUGUAUUCCUUUUCUACUGUAGACGUCUACGAGGAAAACUUGAAUGAUAAAAGCUGGUUGAGAUUUUUUUCCAUUUUAAAGAUGUAUAGGUAUUUUUGUUUCAAUCCAGAUUUUUCUACUUGACCGGUCACCAUAGAGAGUUCAGUUAGACUGUGACUUUCCACACUGUAAAUACUUUGACUAAGCAAUGUAAGCAAUGGGAAGCAGCAGAGAACCAUUACAAAGCUUUUCAAGAGCUCUUGUUUUCCAGCUUUUCCACGCUGAAUGAAAUCUCUGCUCUCCACAGAGCAAACACAAUGCCUUUCUAAAUGUCUUUAUUUAUUCUCUUAUUUUGUUCAUAACCAAAUGGAGUUGUAGAUGUGAUAUUUGACUGCUCUUUCUGACUUCUAAAGUCUACUUGACUUUCAAAGAAAAUCAUAACCUUUAUUUUUGUUUUACUUUAUACAUAUGUGUUACAAUGUUUGUUAUGUACUUUAAUAAAUAUUUUCAAGUAUUUUGA